UUGAGUACAUAGUUUGACUUGCGUUAGUUGGUGCAAAAUACAACAUCCUCUCGCUUUCCCCGUGAAGUGGUCAGACGAGCAAUAGCUUUGACAUUUUCACCAAGCAAAUUCCAAUUUCAACAAAUGGGCACAAAAAAAACCAAAGAAACUCACAAAAUUCUCAAAGGCAAAAUAUUGAUCACAAAAGCAAACUUCUAUUAAAAUGGCAGCCAUUUAUUCCACAAGCUUCUUCAUUGUGAAACAAUUAAAGAUUCAAUCUUUUAAUUCUGAAACAUUCAAAUUUAUCACUAAAACUUAUGGGUCUUUAAGAUAUAACAAAAAAACUCAUGGGUCUUUGAGGAAAAAGCUGAUACUUAGUUGCAGUAGACGUUUAGUGGAGAGUGAUCAGCUGCGGUGGGAUGUACCGAAGAGAGCUAUGGAUGCAAUUGAAUCAUUGGGAAGGAGGGUGACAGUUGGGGAUGUUGCCAGCAAGGCUGGCCUUCAGUUGAGUGAAGCACAGAUAGCUUUGCAAGCUUUGGCUACUGAUACUAAUGGCUUUUUGGAGGUGUCUGAUGAAGGCGAUGUCCUAUAUGUGUUUCCCGAGAAUUCUCGAACAAAUCUUGCUGCUAAAUCACUUAGGAUGAAAGUUGAGCCUUUGCUGGAGAAAGCAAAGAUGGCAGCAGAAUAUUUAGUCAGGGUUUCCUUUGGUACCACACUGAUCGCUUCAAUUGUUAUUGUCUAUACGACCAUAAUCGCCAUUGCCUUAAGUAGAGGUGAUGAUGACAUAAGCUUUCCUGACAUUGGUUUAAACAAUAAGGGAAGGCGAGCGACAUCUUAUGAUAGUGGUCUGUUCUGGUAUUGGGAUCCAAACAAUCAUAGGCGACAACAAAUUCACGAAGAUGGUGUCAGGAUGAACUUCUUUGAAUCUGUUUUCUCCUUUGUAUUUGGUGAUGGUGAUCCAAAUCAAGGUAUUGAUGAAGAGAGGUGGAAGUUGAUAGGACAACAUAUAUUGUCAAAUGGUGGUGUUGUCAUUGCUGAAGAACUUGCCCCCUUUCUCGAUCUAAUGAAUCCCAACUACAUGGAUAAUGAAUCAUAUAUCCUUCCGGUGCUAUUGCAGUUUGAUGGUCAGCCAGAAGUAGAUAAGGAGGGAAAUAUUCUGUAUCGAUUCCCAUCACUCCAGCGUACAGCUGCUCGCCAAUGGAGCGGAAGGAAGGAGUACGUAGGGAAAAUAUGGCCUAACUGGGAUGGACAGGUUGAGAAAUAUCUGAAAGAAAUAAAGUGGAAAUUUAGUAAAGCUAGUGUAUCACAAGCAGCAUUGGUCGUUGGUUUGGGUGCGCUGAAUUUACUUGGAGUUAUCAUUCUUGGUACCAUGUUGAAGAGCAUGACUGUUAGUCCAAGUAGCCUCAUUUCGUCUGUGUCCAAGUUAUUUCCAUUACUUCAGAUUUAUGCUGGCUCAUUUUUCACCAUUCCUUUUGUUCGCUGGUUUCUUGUUCAAAAGAGAAAUUCUGCAAUUGAAAAGAGAAAUCGAGCUAGGGAACAAUAUGCCCAAGCACUUGUGCGUCCCGAUUUCUCACUAAGAUGGAAGCUUUUGAGUGCUCGAGAUAUGGCACAAAGAACUUUUAUUGGUGAGGAUCGAAUUGUUUACAGUACAAGCAAGGACUUGUAUGAGCAAGAUUAUGAUGCCCAACAAUGGGAGCAGAGAUUCGGUGAGCUCAUUUCAUUCCAAUAAUCUGGGCACGUUCAUUCAUCAUAGCGAUUCGUUUUGUGCUGUCUGCCAACAUACUGCAACUCUCCUCUUUUAUGAGGGCGUGGGUUGCUGAAUAAGCUCACACAAAUGGAGUUUCUGAAUAGAUUGUAUUAUUGUAUAUAUUUUUUUCUUGUGGGUAUAUCUUCAUAUACAGGAAUAAGACAUCAAGCAACGCCUUGUGCUCCAGCAUCAAUAACUGAGGCAUCCAAGCUGCAAAUGGAUCAACUGUUAUGCCACUUUGUAUAUUCCAUUUCCAUAUGCUUAGGUAAAGAAUUUAUCCAUUCAAAGUAUAGUAGGUUCUGAUUGGAUUGACAGCAGGGAUCCUCUUGGUCUCAGAACCACAAGAUUCAAGGGAAAAUUCAUCAUACUAUUUGUAUAGUCGAGUAUAGAAACUUUUGUCUCCUAAAAUACAAUUUUUUUGGUCUUCCAA